CACGCAUUUCGAAUUCGGAAACAGAGAAAAAGAAGGAAACCCCCAACGGUCACCCCUCCCCAAAUCUUCAAAUCCUUCUCUCCGACGACGAAUUCGCGAUCGAUCCAUCCAUUCCAUUCCAUUCCCCACCUCUCUCUCUCGCUUUCGCUCGAAUUCGGACGCAUCCAUGGAGGAGGGCAUCGGGGAAGGCGCGCCGGUGGUGGUGGAGAAGGCGGCGGCGGCGGUGAGGAAGACGGUGAGGGUGUCCGAGACCUGCGACUUCAUCCCCGACGCCGACGUCGGGGAUUACUCCGCGGCGGAUUCCAGAUCCUCGGCGGCGUCGGCGGCGGCCCUGCCCGACGGCGCCAGCUGCGCCGGAUCCUCGGAGGCCCUCCCGCGCGACGACGGGAUGCACCAGGACACGCCCGACUACAUCCGCCGCGGCGCCGCCGCGCGGGUCCGGAUCGCGCCGCUCGAGCUCUUUUCAGCGGCGGCAGAGCCCUCUCCCUCUCCCGCCGCCGCUGCCGCGCCGGAGGCCAGUGCGCAGGAGGAGGCCACGGGUUGUCAGGGCGGGGGCGACCGCGACUGCUGCGGCCAGCUGCGGCAGGAGUACCACUCGCUGCUCAGGGAGAAAGGGGAGUGCAGGCGGCUGCUGGAGGAUCUGAUGAGGGAGAACGAGCUCAAGAGCAAGGAGUGCCACGAGGCGCAGGCGUCCCUGCGCGAGCUGCAGAUGGAGCUGAUGCGCAAGUCCAUGCACGUCGGCUCUCUCGCAUUUGCAGUGGAAGGGCAAGUGAAAGAGAAGAGUCGCUGGUGCCAACUACUGAAGGACCUGAGCGAGAAAUUCAAGGCCUUGAAGUCGGAGCACCAGAUUCUACAACAAGAAUCGGAGGAAUACAAAAGGUGCUUGUCAGAUGCUACACAGAUGACUACGACGAUUCAUCAAUACGUGAAUCAAUAUGCCAGUUUAGAAUGCGAAUUUAAGGACCUCAAAGAGAAGUUCAGCGAGGAGGCAAAGGAACGCAGGGAUCUUUACAACAAGCUUAUUGAGAUCAAAGGUAACAUAAGAGUGUUCUGCCGCUGCCGGCCGCUGAACACGGAAGAAAUAGCAGAAGGAGCUUCAAUGGCGAUCGACUUUGAAUCUGCAAAAGAUGGAGAGCUCGUUGUCAGAGGUCAUGUAUCUUCGAAGAAGGUUUUUAAGUUUGAUUCGGUCUUCAACCCUGAAGAAGACCAAGAGAAAGUGUUUGAGAAAACUGCCCCAUUUGCGACUUCCGUGUUGGAUGGAUACAAUGUUUGUAUCUUUGCUUACGGGCAAACCGGCACUGGGAAGACAUUUACAAUGGAAGGAACUGACGGUGCUCGAGGGGUUAACUACAGGAUUCUAGAGGAGCUCUUUCGAGUCAUCAAGGACAGACAUGACCUUUUCCAAUACGAAAUUACUGUCAGUGCCUUGGAGGUUUACAAUGAACAGAUUCGUGAUUUGCUCCUGACAGGGUCUCAACCAGGUGCAACAACAAAAAGGUUAGAAGUAAGACAAGUUGCGGAAGGGAUUCAUCAUGUACCGGGACUGGUUGAAGCACGAGUCACCAACAUGGAUGAGGCCUGGGACGUCCUGAAAACUGGAAGCAAAGCCAGGGUUGUUGGUUCGACCAAUGCUAAUGAGCACAGCAGCCGAUCACACUGCAUACAUUGUGUUAUGGUCAAAGGAGAAAACUUGAUGAAUGGAGAUCGCACAAACAGUAAACUAUGGCUAAUUGACCUAGCUGGAAGUGAGCGUGUGGCAAAGACAGAUGCUCAGGGUGAUCGGCUGAAAGAAGCACAAAAUAUUAACAAGUCCCUUUCUGCACUUGGGGAUGUCAUAUCUGCUCUUGCAACUAAGAGCCAGCAUAUACCCUUCAGGAAUUCAAAGUUAACGCACUUGCUGCAAGACUCACUAAGUGGAGACUCCAAAACUUUGAUGUUUGUUCAAAUUAGCCCAAAUGAGAAUGACGUGGGUGAAACUCUUUGCUCGCUGAAUUUUGCGAGCAGAGUGAGGGGGAUAGAGCUUGGACAGGCAAGGAAACAAGUUGAUGUUGGAGAACUGUCAAGAUAUAAGCUUAUGGUUGGGAGAGCCAAACAGGAUUGCAAGAACAAAGAUACUCAGAUAAAGAGCAUGGAAGAGACAAUCCAAUCCCUUGAAGCGAAGAACAAGGCCAAAGACCUGCUCACUAUGAAUCUCCAAGACAAGAUCAAAGAGUUGGAAUCACAGCUGCUGGUUGAAAGAAAGAUCGCAAGGCAGCACGUUGACAACAAGAUCGCCCAAGAUGUCGAGAGAAAGCAGCAGCAAAUCCUGAAGGAAGAGAAUUCAUCCUUCCAGAGAAGCCCCAUGUCGGAGAGGAACCUCAACUCCACCGCAGACAGACCAGCAGCCAAAAAUUUCGGGAUCGCAAAGCAAAUGCUUUCGGACAGCAACAGUGAGGCCUACAGCUUCAACCAGCUGAUGUCUCUUGCGGAGGAGAAGGAGAACAACCCUGAAGCUGCCCAGCUGCGCCUGAGUGCAAAGUCUAGGCGAGUGUCAUUGUGCAAUGGAGCCUACCAGCAACCAGCGAACUCGGCUUCCCGUCGCAACUCGCUGAUACCGCUUCCGCGCCGCAAUUCGCUGAUGCCUCUGCCCAUAGCUGGCAAGCCUGCAGGAGCAGCAGCAGCUUCACCCCUUGACAAGAUCAAGGAGUACUCUUCACCACCGCUGCCAUGCUCCCCUCCUGUGAUGUCCAACGACAAGGGCAGCAGGAGCAAGAAGAUCAACAGCAUCCUGCGGCGCAGCCUGCAGAAGAAAGUGGUCAUCAGGCCAGCAAUGACAGGGCAAGCAGGAAGGAGGGGGACUGGUGCCGCUACCCAGGGCGUUGACUGUGCUCGCAGGACAGCGGCACGGCGCGUGCCAUUGAGCGGUGGCCCUGCCGCGGCAGGUGCACCGAGGGCUGGGCAUCAGAACAGGGACAAGGAGAGAGGGUGGAACACCGGGACAAGCUUCAGGAACUUCUGA